AUGGCAAAACGAGGGUGUGAACAGUAUAGUGCGCUCUGGAAAUUGAAACGGCAGAAGAUGCCGGCAUAUCAUUCGAAGUUUACUGAUGUUACAAUGGUUGUUGGAAACUUGGCAAUUCUUCCUAUACGAUCAAGUAUCAAAGGACCAGCUCCACGGAUUGAUGAUGGUGAAGACAUAAUUGAUGAAGCUCUUGCUUAUUUCAAACCAAAUAUUUUCUUCCGCGAAUUUGAAAUUAAAGGUCCUGCUGACCGAACACUCAUCUAUCUAACAUUAUAUAUUUCGGAAUGUCUAAGAAAGCUACAAAAGAGCGCAAAUAGGUCGCAAGCAGUCAAAGAUUUGUCGGUUUUAGCACUCAGCCAUCAUCUUCCAAUACCCGGGGAAGCAGCUUUUCCACUGAAUAGUAUGUAUAAGGCUCCAGCAAACCGAAAUGAAGAAGAUGUUAUGCGUUCAUAUCUCCUUCAGUUGAGACAGGAAUUAGGAACACGUCUGUUAGAACAUGUUUUUGAGGCGAAUAAUGAAAGGCCAAACAAAUGGUGGAUGUGUUUUGCUCGAAGACGUUUUAUGGAUAAGGGCUUGGUCAGUCCCGGUAUUGUUUUGUGAAAGAAAAAAAACCGGUAUUGUUUUUGUGUUUCCUCAAAAAAGGUGAUGUAAUUUGUAUUUUUUCUUUUUCACCCUCGCUGUUUACUUUUUCAAAACAUUUAAGCAUUUGGACUUUAAUUUGUGUCAAGGUACUUUUGAUGUAGUUGUAAAUAAUCAAAGUAGGAAAUACAUUGGUUGAGUUAGAUCCAACUUUAUCUAGUGGAAGCAAUAAUAUAUUCGUUUUGGUUAACCUUUCCCAUUAAAUCAACUUAUUGUUCAAAUGUUAUUACAAAGAGAUUGGCCUGUAAAACUGUAAAAGCAACUUGUUCAAGUGUUAUUACAAAAAGAUUAACCUGUAAAACUGUAAAAGUGGUCUAUGUUUGUUUCUUUAAAUGGU